GUGCACGAUCGCUUGCAGUGAAGUGUUGUGAAACUUUGCCAUUUGGACUUUUAUUAAGUUACUGAUAACAAGCAAUUGACAGUGUUUACUGGUUCGUGUGCUAGUGAUGUGAUCGUGGACAAAGUGCCGUGAUCGUGAUGUGACGCGGAGGGGUCCACGACGACGACACGGCGCCGGCACGACGCGGACACGACUCUGAGACGACAUGGCCGACGACAACACGAUCAUCGAAGGCACGGUCAAGUUCCGUGACGGGAAAAAGUGGAAGUCGCGAUGGUGCGUCAUGAGGAAGCUGUCACCGGUUGCAGACUGCGUGCACCUGCAGCUGUACCGCGACUCGAAGGCGCGCUGGGGCGGCGCGGGCACGAAGGCGUCGCUGUCGCUGCAGCAGUACCUCGGCUGCGAGAGCGGCUUCACGCUCGACAAGCACUCCAACACGCUCGCGCUCGUGUGCCGCGACCUCGUCGCCAUCCUGGCCUUUGAGACCCGCGAGCGGCUCAUCCAGUGGCAGGCGUCGCUGUGGCUGCAGCAGUACCUCGGCUGCGAGAGCGGCUUCACGCUCGACAAGCACUCCAACACGCUCGCGCUCGUGUGCCGCGACCUCGUCGCCAUCCUGGCCUUUGAGACCCGCGAGCGGCUCAUCCAGUGGCAGGCGUCGCUGUGGCUGCAGCAGUACCUCGGCUGCGAGAGCGGCUUCACGCUCGACAAGCACUCCAACACGCUCGCGCUCGUGUGCCGCGACCUCGUGGCCAUCCUGGCCUUUGAGACCCGCGAGCGGCUCAUCCAGUGGCAGGCGUCGCUGUCGCUGCAGCAGUACCUCGGCUGCGAGAGCGGCUUCACGCUCGACAAGCACUCCAACACGCUCGCGCUCGUGUGCCGCGACCUCGUCGCCAUCCUGGCCUUUGAGACCCGCGAGCGGCUCAUCCAGUGGCAGGCGUCGCUGUCGCUGCAGCAGUACCUCGGCUGCGAGAGCGGCUUCACGCUCGACAAGCACUCCAACACGCUCGCGCUCGUGUGCCGCGACCUCGUCGCCAUCCUGGCCUUUGAGACCCGUGAGCGGCUCAUCCAGUGGCAGGUGAAAGUGAGCUCGCACUUGGGCGAGCCCCGGCACUACUUGGUGCUGGUAGGCAGCGGUGGCGGCGGCGGGUCCGGCGGCGGCGGCGGCGGCAAGCGCGUGCCCGCCGGCCCCGCGCGCCUGCACCUGCACGAGCGCCGCUUCGCGCUCACCGCCGGCGUGCCACCGCGGCUGCUCGGCGUUUGGGAGCUGCAGCACCUCAGGCGUUAUGGCGUGGUCGAAGGCAGAUUUUGCUUCGAAGGCGGCUCACAUUGCGGGAAAGGUGAAGGAUUGCACGUCCUUAUCACCGAUCAAGCCAAGGAGCUGGCGCACGACUUUGACCUAGCUUCCCAGGGUCGCUUGUCACCGAAAAGGCGACCACUGAAUUCUAAGAGGAAUGAAGGAGGAGACAGUCCGAAGUCACAUAAGGCGUAUCGACCUGACACGCGACUAUCUGAGUUGAACACCAUCGAUCAUUCACUGCCUCCGAUGGACCUUCGUCUGUACGAAGAUCCUUGUACCGGGGAGGAGGCUGGUGCCAUAUCUCCGUAUUGGCCAUCGGCUGAAAGAACUAAUUUCCAAGACCUUGGCUUAGCAGACACAGCUUCAGUGAACGAAACUAUGGAAGGAACCGAUACAAAUGCGUGGAAUGGAAACAGCAAUGUAACGCUAGAGCGAUGCAUGAGCUGCAUAUCGAAGUUAGGCGCAUUGUCGAGGUCUUCCACCGCAGCCCUCACUCCAGGUGCAAAGCACUUCAACCCUGCGUGGACUAUGGAAGCAGUUAAUGAAAAUACACAAGAAUCUCUCCCUCAAGAAAAUACUCAAAGUUGUGACAUUAUUUCUAGUAAAACUAAUAAGACUGAAGAAUUAUGCCGCUGUACGGAUCGACCCCCGGAUAGGCCCCCCAAGCCCACUAGAUUAGAGCUGAACCUUGUCCAUAAGCCCCCGAUGCCACUCCCCUCCCAAACCUGCAGCUGCGUGCACGUUGCAACGAUAGAAGAAAAUAAUUCUAAAGUAGGUCCUUAUGAAAAUUAUGAUGUUCCGAAACUCCCAUCGACAGAGGUUGAAGGAGAAUACUACGAUACUCCAAAAAGACUUAAGGAAUGUCUAAAUAAUGACUUAUUUAGGAUCACAAAAAGUACUACUUCAAAUACCCUUAUAUUAAAAAAGCCUUGCGGAUGUUUGCUGAAAUUUGGAAAGAGGCCAAAAGAGCCCACGAUCAUUGAUACUGACGAAAACUUCCAGCCAGCUAAUUGCGCCUGUCAGCGAGUAACGGAUUGGGCCAAUAACUGGAUAAAAUUGCCAUACUGUAGGAAAAAUACUGUGUCAAGUGACAACUUGGUGCCAAAUAAGGAAAACAUGAUGCCAAAUACUAGCAGUGAUCGUAGUGCAUUAUACGCUACAAUUGAUGUGUCUCGUAAGACACGAAGAAAAUCACGUGAUUGUCAGAUUGACAACGUCCCGCAUUGCCAGUUUAGUCGAAGCCACGAUUCGAAGACUGUUGAAGUCGACGAAGGACCACUGGCUAAUUAUGAAAAUCUUAAUUUCGCUUUAUCUUUAGAACAUUAUGAGAAUGCCAAAGAUUUGUUGAAGAAAGCCGGAGUUACACAGUCAGAGCUAGAUGCAAUUACGGCCAAUCUAAAACCGGCUUCUUUCACAAAUGCUGAUGGCAAGCCAACAUGCACAAAAUGUGGCCAUCUUCAAGCCAAAAGCGAUAAAAAGGAAUCUACAAGUUGUAGUACGAGCGAUGACUACUUAAUGAUGGAACCAAACACGAUUGAGAGUAAUAAAUUUGAACAAAAUAAAUCUCUCCCAGCAGGCUAUACUCCAAUGUCUCCCAUUGGCGGAUUUGCAUUUCACACUUUGAAACAUCCCGCCAAGAGUCCAAUCAAUAGGUUACUAGAAGAAAAAUCAGCUAGCAAUCCAACUCUUUGUGCGCCAGAAGAAGUUCGACAAACGGUUGGUGAUACUCAAUCAAACUCUGAAGCGCCCCGUGAACGCGUCGAGAGAAUAGAGUACAGAAAGCGAUCAUGUUCUGCGGAUUCAUCCAGAUUUCUUGAAGACGUUAAAGAAUUUGAAGAUAGCGUUGGGAGUCGUGGGUCAACGUCUUCAAUUGAAACACUUCGAAAUAUUGCUCUCGAUGGUGACCGCACUUCAACCCCUUGCGACUGUGCCGCAGAUAAUAAGCAUUCAGACGCAGACAGCUCCGAAGCGUCGAAGGGCGCCAGAGGUCGCGGAUUGCCGCCGACAAAACGGUCGUCUUCAGUACCGGGUAAAGCUGGAGGAAAUAGGGAUUCAUCCAGUUCAAAUGAUUCUGGAGUUUCAAGUUGUUCGUUGAGGCCCGGAGCCGAUAUAGCGGAAUUCGAGCUUCCCCUGACGACUGCAGCGACUCGGCGGCAUUACCGCAGCGCGAGACGAGCUGCUGCGUGCAUCCACACAUCGCUGCCUCGACGCUCCAAGUCUACAGAUCCACUGAGAGAUUUCGCUACCUUGCAAAGAGUACGAGUGCCCGCCAAAUCUUCUUCAGCAGAAGCUGAAGUGCCAGUCUUGUCUGUCAAGCCUUUAAGAGGAAUAAUGGAUACACAUAGCACAUCAAGUGGUACUUCCGAUAUGUCUGACUACAUCGAGACCUUAUCUAUCUGUUCGUCACAUUCAUCUUCGGAUACUCCAAUCACCAUGCGGGUGGUGCGGCAAACGACGAGUACGCUCCGGCCGCGAUCAGGCAAAGAAUACCAGAACUUGGACCCUCGACUCACUUCUGUGUACCGCGCGGCGAACUCCUCACAUCUCUACACCAAUCUGCCCUAAAAGCAGUUACUGAACUUAUUACGUUGUAUUAUAAUAUUAUGUAUAGUGCAGGAAUUUCUUGAUUCUCGGAAUCGAUGAGUCAUACUUGGACUAUCUUCAAUAUGAGCACUAAGAUCUGCCUAAUAAUUAUUGUUUCGUCUAUUGUGUGUGAUCCGUCCAUCAGCUGUCUCAGAUAGUGAAAUUAAUGAUUGUGAGAGACAGAAUUCAUUGAAAUAUUAAAAGUUGUUUUCACUUAAAUAAAAAGCGAUGGCACCUGUAACUUUAAAUUCCCAAGUAUUGAAAUUGUAUUUAUAACUAAACAAACUGAUAACACUUGUUACCACAAUAUUUAUGAUUUACUUUAAUAUUCAUCCAAAUACGAGCACCCACUGAGAAUAGUUAAACAUGAUAGGGAAAACUAAACGAAUUACAUGACAGGUGAAAUAAAUAAUUGAUAACAAUUUCUAUUGCAUUUAUGAUACUCAACAAUACUAGCCUAAGAUGCUGCCAAAUAUUGUCUUAUUUCUAGUCAUUUGUAACGAAUAAAUUGAAGUGUAAAUAUUGUAACUUGCGGACUGGUCAGUGGAAGCCCUCAGAGUGGUCGCGGCUGGUGUCUAGUGCCAGAGCUCACACGUCCCGCAAGAAUGUAGUGUCUAUACAACUUGCAUUUUUGUAAAUACAUGUACGUACUUAUUUAGAACGUUGUAAAUUAUAUUAUAAUGAAAUUAUAUUAAUACAUUUAUUAUUAUAGAAUUUAAACUCUACAACGAUUCUCUUGUCUCUACUUUGUUACGACAGUGUAAUUAUUUUGAUAUUCGGAGUUUAUCUGGUAUUGAAGUCUGAGGUUUCCUACUUCUACUCGUAUGUUAUGUAAGGGUGAUAGAUGCGUAGUUGCCAUUAUGAAACUCACUAUAGCAAUAAGCAGUGCAACCAAAGGUGAUGAUUGUAUGAUAAGGUUUAUGAUUAUUAUUAUCUUAUAGUUUAUUAGAGGCGCGGUGCGUACGAAGGCCGCUCUCUCCGGCCGCGGCGGCUGCGGGCGCUCCGCCAGUUGACGGCCUACACCACAACACAAAUAAAUCUCUCAUAAUCAAAAAUUCAAUUAAAGAAAUUUGAUUUUAUGGAAUUACUACUAAACAAUAAACAUACUGUAAAACUGAAUUUACUUAGAACCUAAAUAGAUGUAAUAAAAGUUUUCAAAGAUUUAUUUGCUUGAAAAUACACCGUCAACUUGCGGAACUGUUUCUCGCUCGACUAGUA